AAGUUACAAAAAGUUAAACUUCCAGGCACAACUUUGCAUUUGUCUCCAACCUGGGACAACCUCAACUUCUCAGAGUUCGAGGAACACCAAACAAUUACGAUGCAAUGAGGCCAACCCCGCGUCUCCAGUUCCUGCGCCCGUACUCCUGGAAGCCCGCGGGUCUGCCCAACCCGGCUUACCUACGCUUCUUCCACUUGGCCCGGCAGCAGGAGCUGGAGCAGGCCAAUGCCCUCAAAUACCCCCGCCUCCGUCACCAUGGCCCGCCCAUGCGUAUCCCGGACUUCCGCGAGAAGUACGCCGGUAUUCAGCAGGGCGCCGUUGCCGAAGAGGAUGUGACACUGCACGGCCGCGUGGACUCCAUCCGCCGCGCCAGCUCCAAGCUCGUCUUCCUCGACAUAGGGAGCGAGUUUGAGCGCGUGCAGGGCGUCUGCAACUUUGGCAAGCUCGUAGAUGGGACCACCGUCCCCGGGUUAAAAGGGCUUGCCGCGCUGCUCAAGCGAGGGGAUAUCAUAUCAAUCAAGGGGAAGGCCACGCGGACACCAACUGGCGAGCUCACCAUUCAGGCGACGCACCUCCCCGAGAUCCUGACCCCGGGUCUGAUCCCACUCCCUACCAAAUUCAUCGACGAAGAGUCUCGGAUGCAGCAUCGGCACAUUGAUAUGCUCGUGAAUCCUCGGACGAGGGAUAUCCUGCGGCUACGGUCUUACCUUACCAAGUACCUGCGCGAUUUUCUGCACGAGCGAGACUUUCUCGAGUUCCAGACCCCUAUCUUGGCUGGUGAUGCCGGCGGGGCCAGCGCCCGCCCCUUUACCGUCUCCGCCAAAACGGUAUCCAGAGAUGUCUCCCUCCGGAUCGCCCCUGAGCUCUGGCUCAAACGCCUUGUCGUGGGCGGCGUAGACCGCGUGUUUGAGCUCGGUCCAGCCUUCCGCAACGAAGGCAUCGACCAAACGCACAACCCCGAAUUCACCAUCUGCGAAUUCUACCACGCCUACGCCAACCUCUCCGAUCUCAUCUCCCUCACCGAGGACCUCAUCCGCGGCGCAGCCGCCCACUGCCAGGCCCUCGUCUCCACCAAACUCACCUCCCUCCCACCCAUCGAUCUCCCCACCUUCGAGCGGCCCUUCCAACAAGCCGAAUUCAUCCCCACCCUCGAAGAAACCCUCGGCUUCACCCUCCCCACGCUCACCUCCCCGACCGCCCUCCCGGACCUCCUAUCCCUCCUCAAAGAGCACAACAUCCCCGUCGACACCACCACCACCACCCCGGACCUCCCGCACCUCCUCGACCACCUAGCGGCGACCUACAUCGAGCCGCGCUCCGCGCACGGCCCGCUCUUCGUCACCCACCACCCGGUCUGCAUGUCGCCGCUCUCCAAGUCCUUCGCCUGCCCGCGCACGGGCCAGGCCGUGUCGGCCCGCACCGAGCUCUUCAUGGCCGGCCGCGAGCUGGCCAACAUGUACGAGGAGGAGAACGACCCCUUCGAGCAGCGCCGCAAGUUUGCCGAGCAGCUCGCCGCAAAGACCGCCGCCGACACGGGAGAUGCCGUGAGUGCUGUCGACGAGAGCUACGUGCGCGCUCUCGCGAGCGGGUUGCCGCCUACGGGAGGCUGGGGGUGUGGUGUAGAGAGGCUGGUCAUGCUGUUCAGCGGGACGGGGCGGAUUGCGGAUUGCCUGAGCUUUGGGACGUUGAGGAAUGUGGUUGGGUUGUCUUCUGCCGCUACUGCUGCUGGUGCUGGGAAGGGAGUUGAGGACGUGGUGCUGGAGCCGGGUGCGGAGGAGAAACAGGGGAAGGCAUCUUCUACCGGAGUGGAGUGAUGGUGAUGGUGGUGAUGUAUGUGCGUCAGUGUAAGACUUUGUACUUAUAUCAGCUGCGCUUGUAUACAAAAGAACUAGAUACCCCCUUAUUGAUAUUACCCCACGAAAAGCCAUGGGGUUAAAACCCGGAAGCAUCACCGUGGAGUCAAAUGAUU